GCCCGGUGCGGGACACCGGAGGGCGCUGCCGGGGAGUCUCCCGGCUUGUGUAGUGGGGUCUUGGGCCCGUGCGGCCAGCGGCGCGAAGAAUGGGUCGAUGCUGCUUCUAUACGGUGGGGACACUGUCCCUGCUCCUGCUGGUGACCAGCGUCACGCUGCUCGUGGCUCGGGUCUUCCAAAAGGCGGUGGACCAGACGAUCCAGAAGAAUAUGGUGUUAAGAAAUGGCUCUGAGCCCUUUGACUCCUGGGAGAAGCCCCCUCUGCCAGUGUACACCCAGUUCUAUUUCUUCAAUGUCACCAAUCCAGAGGAGAUCCUCCAAGGAGAAAUCCCCAGGCUAGAACAAGUGGGGCCAUACACCUACAGGGAACUCAGGAGCAAGGCAAACAUUCAGUUUGGAGAAAAUGGAACAACGAUAUCUGCUGUUAGCAACAAGGGAUAUGUUUUUGAGCGAAACAAGUCUAUUGGAGACCCUAAUGUUGACUUAAUUAGAACAAUAAAUAUUCCUGUAUUGACUGUCAUAGAAUUGGCCCACCUCCCCUUUCUCAAGACUAUCAUCCAAGCAAUGCUGAAAGCAUACAAGCAGACACUCUUUGUGACUCACACAGUUGAUGAAUUGCUCUGGGGCUACAAAGAUGAAAUCUUGUCCCUCAUCCAUGUUUUCAGACCUGACAUCUCCCCCACCUUUGGCCUCUUCUAUGGGAAAAAUGGAACUAAUGAUGGAAACUAUGUUUUUCUAACUGGAGAAGACAGUUAUCUUAACUUUACAAAAAUUGUAGAGUGGAAUGGAAAAACGUCACUCGACUGGUGGGCCACAGACAAGUGUAACAUGAUUAAUGGAACUGAUGGAGAUUCUUUCCACCCGUUAAUAUCCAAAGAUGAAGUCCUCUAUGUUUUCCCAUCUGACUUCUGCAGGUCAGUGCAUAUAACUUUCAGUGACUAUGAGAGUGUGGAGGGACUGCCUGCCUUUCGGUAUAAGUUGCCUGCAGAAAUUCUAGCCAAUAGCUCUGAAAAUGCUGGCUUCUGUCUACCUGAGGGAAGCUGCCUGGGCUCGGGCGUGUUGAAUGUCAGCAUCUGUAAGAACGGUGCACCCAUUAUCAUCUCUUUCCCACACUUCUACCAAGCAGAUGAGAAGUUUGUUUCUGCCAUACAAGGCAUGCAUCCAAACAAGGAAGAACAUGAGACAUUCGUGGACAUUAAUCCUUUGACUGGAAUAAUCUUAAGAGCAGCCAAGAGAUUCCAACUCAACACUUAUGUUAAAAAAGUAGAUGACUUUAUUGAAACUGGCAACAUUAGAACCAUGGUUUUCCCAGUAAUGUAUAUCAAUGAGAGUGCCCAAAUUGAUAAGAUGACUGCAAAUCGACUAAAGUCUGUGAUUAACACUACCUUGAUUGUCACCAACAUACCCUACAUCAUCAUGGCACUGGGUGGGCUCUUUGGCUUGAUCUUUACCUGGCUGGCAUGCCGAGGGCAAGGAUCCAUGGAUGAGGGAAUGGCAGAUGAAAGAUCACCCCUCCUACGAACCUAGCCAAACGUAACUGCUGCUGAGUUGGGUGAGAGAACAUGAGUGCUGUCCUGACCUGGACCAGGAUGGAGAAACCCCACAUCCUCGCAGGCUCUUCGCCUUUUAGGAGGAGGAAGGAGAUAUGGCAUAAGCAAGUGAGGAGAGCAUUCUGGCCAGAGCUGAGCCAGACAUGGAGAGCAGACUGCUGUGGCUGGCUUUUAUGCUUUAUAAAAUCAUGUGGUCUCUGAAAUAAUUUUUCAUGUGUCUAGGAAGUAGUUAAUCAACUCCUGUAUAGUAACUUUUUGUUGCUGGGCUCUGGGAGCUAUGGAAUUUUGUAACCAUUGUUGUAGAUAUGUCUGCAUAACUUGUUAACCUACUUGGUCUGACCUUAUUGAAUAUGCUUCAUUCACAAAUUUUGUGCUCAAAAUACUUAUGUACCACUUUGUUGUAUCCCUCACUUUAGCUCUCCAGACAGAAGGAAAGAGGAAUUUGGAACCCAGGGUAAAAUGAUAACCUCACCCAGUAUAUCAUACACGUGCAUCUGAUUUUCCUUCUUUGAAACAUUACACAUUGUAUUUUAUACAAACUUAGGUUCUUAAUACCUUCAGGAAAAUAACCUGGUUUGGACUGUUUUUAUAGUGGAUAGGAAUUGAGUGGGGAAAGGGUUAGGUGCUACCCAAGUAGAUAUUGAUAAGCUUCUAAGGACUUUUAAGUUGUACUUUUGCUAACCAAGAGAAUGCACAAACAAUGUUGGUAAGGGUAAGAACAGAUAUUUCAUGUCGAGUAAAACUAAGUGUUAGCUGUGACAUUUGUAGGUUAUUAACUAUCAUUUUAAGUCAAAAAUAUCUUGAGGUAGAAACAUGCUUCUGGGAGAGUGUAAUCAGUGAAAUAUUCUUCCCAGUAACCUCUGCCAAAUGGGAUAGUGAAUAAAUACUACUGGGUGACUAUUUGUCAGAUUAUGGACAGAGGAAAUCCUUCUACCCAUAGCCCAACAUACACAUAGAUUCAGGAGAUCUGACUAGAUUGGAGAGGCAUUUCUUCUGUUGAUGACUUUGAAAUCAUGUAUAUAACUUUUCUCCUCAGAGUCAGUCCUUGCCAAUGUUUAUGGCUCACUAUUGGUCACUAACAGGAAAAACAUGCCCUGCACUUCCUGUGGCAGUCAUCUUGCUGACAAGCGCUUCAAGUCUUGCACAGAAAGCGCUUUCAAGGUCUCUUUGGACCAGAAGCAGAGCCAGGUACUUCUCUUCAGAUGGCUCCUCGGCUUUCAGGGUAACCAGAGGCAGAAGACUGGGAACCACUGAUGUGUCACAGUGGUCAGAUUUCAAACAUAUUUAAGGACAUUAUCUUUGUUUGUAAGUUCACCAUUCAUUCUUAAGGGGAACCCUAUACAUUAUCGAGCCAUGUGCUGAUAGAAUUUCCCAUCACCUGGCUUUUGUUAAAACUGGAUUUCAAUGCAAACAAAAGAAAACAAAUCAGAGAUUUCACUUACAUUGCUUCUUCUCUGUGCUUUGAGGUAACAAGCUGCUUAAUUUACAGGUCCCAACUUUUCUUCUUUUUACACUAAAGCAAUAUGUGAUGUGUACCUUCUUGAAGGGACAGUUGGUUAACCUCUUAACUUUCCUAUAAAUGAAGGUAGAUAUAACCAGAUAUGCCAGGCCAGCAAAAUGCAAAAAUUAAAUUGAAACUACUUGAUCCUUAAUACUGCCAAAUAUCUGUCUAUCUCUAUAUAUAUCUUAGAAUUUAUCAGUAUUUGACUAGGCAUCCAGCAUACAUUACUCAUUAUACAUUUAUGUUUUUUGUGUGUUUAUUUGUUUGUGUGUUUGUUUGUUUGUUUGUUUGUUUGUUUGUUUGUUUGUUUGAGACAGGGUCUCACUCUAUAGCCCAGGCUGGUUUGGAACUCCCUAUGCAUGCUAGGGCUGACCUUGAACUACAAGUGAUCCUGUCUCAGCUUCCUGAGUGCUAGAUUACCAGUAUGCACUGCCAUGGCUGUCUGUCUUUAUGUUUCUAUUUACCCACACUAAGAAAUUGAAAGGCUAGUUCAUACUUAUUGGCUAAUCCCUAUUUUAAGAAUGUAAUCAUUUCCAAGGAGACUUUUUAAAUACUGUAAAUACCAGUUAAUGAUGUGUUUGCCUAUUUAGACUAAACUGCAUAUAGGCAAGGAGACAAAAUAUAUUAAUUCCAUAUCUGUGCCAUGAUUCUUUAUACUGAUGGUUUUAAAUCAAAUUUGGCAUUUUCCUUCUGAAAGUUCUAUGACAAACCCAUAAGCUGCAAUCAGAAUUCUAUUGGCUAAAAAUGAACUUGGUUUUCGGUUGAAAAUAACAAACUGUUCUUAACAUUCUCUUGCAGCCAUUAUCCUGGAAAGACCACAGUGAUUUUGAGACUGUCAGCAUUCUCACAUCACAAAAUGACAGGCAGGGAGAACUGAGAGUUGAGCAUGGGACAGGAAUGGGCUUUGCCACUUUUAGCUUCAGGCUUUUUCCAGUAGGCUUUUCUUUUUCUCUCAAGUUCUAGAAAGAUCACUAAUGGUCAAGUGGAAUAAACACUUCACAACCCCUAUUGGGGUUUUUUACUUAAGGGAGGCUAAUUCUUAUCUUAAAUUAUUUGAGAUAAGAAUUCUGGAAAAGGGCCUCUUGGCAUUGUUACUGGUGUGUAUUGCUUAUAUCUAUCUUUAAAAAGACUGACCGGAAUGUUCUUGAUAUAGCUCAUGUAGUUAGUUCAUUUCCUGUGAUUCUUGACCUGAUUUAUUUCUACCCUUAAUGCAAUGAGAUGUUUCACUAAUUAAAAAAAUACUUUAUAUAAAACUGCA